UCCUGGUACCACAGGAGAGUGUCAUGCAUGGCAGUGGGGAGCUCCAUGGGUGGUGGAGCAGAGCUGUGGAGUGUGGCUCUCUCUCUCAUCCCUUCUCUGUCUCUCUUUUAUUUUAUUUUCCCCGGAGCCCUGCUCAGCUCUGACUGAUGAUGGUGCUGUGGAUUGAGCCCAGGACCUCAGAGCCUCAGGAAGGAGUCUUUUUGCAGAAUCACUGUGCUGGCCCCCAGCCCUUAAGCUCGGCCACCCGUGCAGACAUCGUGGGGGGCAGGAAAGCAGGGCGCAGGCAGUUCCCCUUCCUGGCCUCCCUCCAGCGCGAGGGCCGGCACUUCUGCGGGGGUGCUCUGAUCCACCCGCGCUUCGUUCUGACCGCGGCCAGCUGCUUCGGGAGGGGGAACCCAGGCUCAGCCUCGGUUGUGCUGGGUGCCUAUAACCUGCGGCUGCGCCGGGAGCCCUCCCGCCAGAACUUCUCGGUGGCGGGCAUCAAUGAGCGGGACUACAACCCCCAGGAGAAUCUCAAUGACCUGCUGCUGCUGCAGCUGGAUCGAGAAGCCAACCUGACCGGUGGCCUGUCGCUGCUGCCGCUGCCCCCCCAGAAUGCCUCCCUGGAGGCCGGCACGGGCUGCCAGGUGGCUGGCUGGGGCACCCAGGGGCGACGCAGACACCUGUCCAGGAUACUCCGGGUCCUCAACGUCACUGUGACACCCGAGGGCCCGUGUCGCCCCGGAAACCUGUGCACCCAAGUCCCCUCUGGACGUGGUGGUAUCUGUCAGGGGGACGGGGGCACCCCCCUGGUCUGCAACGGCCUGGCCCAUGGUGUGGCCUCCUUCUCCCCGGAGCCCUGUGGCCGUGGCCCUGACUUCUACACCCCGGUGAGCAGCUUCCGGGACUGGAUUGACUCUGUGCUGAACCAGCCCUCUGGGGGCCCGGAAGCACCCGCCCAGCCGGUGGGGGCUCUGUGACAAAGUGCCCUCCUGCUCCUGUGUACCCCAUGUUACCUCCCCCCAUGCCUGGCCGCCACGUGCUUAAUAAAAAGCCAU